CUGCAGCAGAUUCCACCAUCAGGUCCUCCUAAACUUCCAGUAUUGGGAAACUUGUAUCAGCUUGGUGCUUUGCCUCACCAGUCACUCUGGCAACUUGCCAAGAACUAUGGCCCUGUUAUGCAAUUCCACUUCGGCCAGAUACCCGCUGUGAUCAUCUCCUCCCCAGAAGCCGCCAAAGAAGUCAUGAAAGUUCACGACCAUGCCAGUUGCAGCCGGCCAUCCCUGGCUGGAACUAGGAGGCUGACAUAUAACUAUCUGGACGUGGGGUUCUCACCUUAUGGAGACAACUGGAGGUUCAUGAGGAAAAUGAUCAUACUGGAGCUGUUCAGCUUAAAGAGGGUGAAGGCAUUUUGGUUUGUUCGGGAGGAAGAAGUUGGCCUGCUGAUUGACUCCAUCUCGGAAAUAUCAGCAUCUGCCUCCACCUUAAAUCUCACCGCGAAGUGUUACUCUCUCACAGCAAACAUAACCUUCAGGAUGUCUUUUGGGUUCAAUUACCAUGGUAGCGACUUUGACAAAGGCAGGAUUGAAAGAGUUCUCCACGAGCUUGACACUUUCUACGGGCAAAUCAUCGAUGAACACCUUAAGCCCGGAAGGGAAAGAGCUGAAGAAGACAUGAUUGAUGUGCUGUUGGCGAUCGAGAAGGAACAAUCUCAACUACACGCUGGAAUUGACACUGCUGCAUUGACUGUGAACUCGGCGAUGGCAGAUUUGUUGGCAAAUCCCAGAAUGAUGAAGAAAGCACAAGACGAAGUCAGGGGCAGAGUUGGAGAGAAAGGCAGGGUAACUGAAGAUGAUGUUGAAAAUUUGGAAUACCUGAAGCUUGUAAUCAAAGAAACUCUGAGACUCCGUCCGCCAGCCCCUCUUCUUCUCCCUAGGGAAGCAUCGUCCCACUUGAAAAUCAGCAGAUAUGAUAUUCCCCCCAAGACAAUGAUCUACGUCAAUGCCUGGGGAAUGGGACGGGACCCAAACUACUGGAAGAAUGCUGAUAAAUUCAUCCCUGAAAGAAUCUGUCCAGCAAUUAACAUGGGAAUCAUCACUGUCGAAAUUGUACUGGCGAAUCUGCUGUACUGCUUUGACUUGAAAUUGCCAAAUGGGAUGAAGGCCGAAGAUAUGACCAUGGAAGAGAAGAGUGGCGUCAGUCUUACUGUGGCCAGAAAGGAGCCUCUCUUACUCGUCCCUGUCAACUGGCUCAACAAGACAGAAGAAGAGAAGCCCAAAUCUAUAAGUAAAUCUAUAGCACUACUUAAGGACUGCAUCUCGAAGAGAGAUUUCACCAUUCUCGACCCACAAAUGGCUCUACCUGAUGUCCCAGCCAUAUGGCUCCUUAUUCUCUUACUUCUGCCCCUUGUGGUUCUCAUCAUCAGGAACAAGAUCAACUUAUCAGGAAGGAAAAGCAGCAACCUGCAGAAGCUUCCACCACCUGGUCCUCCUAAACUUCCAAUAUUGGGCAACUUGUAUCAGCUUGGUGCUCAUCCGCACCAGUCACUCUGGCAACUUGCCAAGAAAUAUGGCCCUGUUAUGCAAUUCCACUUCGGCCGGAUACCCGCCGUGAUCAUCUCCUCCCCUAAAGCCGCCAAAGAGGUCAUGAGAGUUCAUGACCUUGCCAGUUGCAGCCGGCCAUCCUUGGCUGGAACUAGGAGGCUGUCAUACAACUACCUGGACGUGGCUUUCUCUCCUUAUGGAGAUAACUGGAGGUUCAUGAGGAAAAUGUUUAUACUCGAGCUCUUCAGCUUAAAGAGGACGAAGGCGUUUCGUUUUGUUCGGGAGGAAGAAGUUGGCCUGCUGAUCGACUCCAUCUCUGAAAUAUCAGCAUCUGCCUCCACAGUUGAUCUCACCGAGAAGUGUUACUCCCUCACAGGAAACAUAACCUUCAGGAUGACUUUUGGGUACAAUUACAACUGGAGCGACUUUGACAAAGGCAGGUUUCAUGAACUGGUUCAUGAAGCUGAGGUUGUUUCGGGAACCAUUUCAGGGGAGGAGUGUUUCCCUCGACCAUUUAGUUGGAUUGUUGGCAAAUUCAAUGGUCAUCAAGCAAGGAUUGAAAGAGUUUUCCAUGAGCUCGACACUUUCUACGAGCGUAUCAUCGAUGAACACCUUAAGCCUGGAAGGGAAGGAGCUGAAGAAGACAUGAUCAAUGUGAUGCUGGCAAUCGAGAAGGAACAAUAUCAAUUACUCGGUAGCAAAUCUCGCUUCAGAAGAGAGAACAUCAAAGCAGUUUUCCUGAACCUGUUCAUAGGUGGAAUCGACACCGCGGCAAUGACUGUGAACUGGGCAAUGGCAGAGCUGUUGGCAAAUCCCAGACUGAUGAAGAAAACACAAGAUGAAGUCAGAGACAUAGUUGGAGAGAAAGGCAGGGUAACUGAAGACGAUCUUGAAAAUUUGCAAUACCUGAAGCUGGUAAUCAAAGAAACUCUGAGAUUCCAUCCACCUGCCCCUCUUCUACUCCCCAGAGAAGUAUCUUCUCACUUGAAAAUCAGUGGAUAUGACAUUCCUCCCAAGACAAUGAUCUACAUCAAUGCCUGGGGAAUGGGACGGGACCCAAAAUACUGGAAGAAUGCUGACAAGUUCAUGCCUGAAAGAUUUGCAGAGAGCUCCCUGGAUUUCAAAGGUCAAGACUUCGAGUACGUGCCAUUCGGAGCUGGUCGCAGAAUCUGUCCUGCAAUAAACAUGGGAAUAACGACCGUUGAAAUUGCACUGGCGAAUCUGCUGUACUGCUUUGACUGGAAACUGCCAAAUGGGAUGAAGGCCGAAGAUAUGACCAUGGAAGAGAAGAGUGGCGUCAGAAUUACCGUGGACAGAAAGGAGCCUCUCCUACUCAUCCCUGUCAACUGGCGCAACAAGUAA